UUAAUUUUGUGUUACACAAGUUUAUUUGCUAAUUAAUAGUUAUUAUCAAUUAUUAAAAAUUUGUUAGAGAUUUUAUUACCCUCAAAAUGUUGCAUUUACCUUAUUACGAUUUACAGACUAAUUUCAGUUCAAAAAAUUUGGGUAAGACAUCAUGGUCAGAAGUUCAAUAUUCGGAUCGAAGUAUCUUAUAUCGUAUUGAGCAAUAUUUAAACCGCUUUUUGCUAUCAACAAAAAAACCAAGAUUUCUUGAUAGAGAAGUAAUUGUCAAUGCCCUGCGAACAGAGUAUCCAGAGUAUAAUAGGAAACCUUGGGGUGUUAUGUUAACUUUGACUGCUAGAGCGUUAGUUGCACUCGAUGAAACAAAAAAAUUAAAAGGUGCCAAAGCAUUAGAAUACGCAUCAGAAGACUCAACAAUUGACAUAAUAUCUUCUGAAGAUGAGGAUAUUGACAUAACAAAUGAUUUGGAUCCUCCAGAAAAUUCAAACCAUUAUAUUACUGAAGUAAACAAUUCAGCUUCGGAAUUAGCCCAGGAAGUUGGAUUAAAUUCUUUCACCUAUGAUUUAACUACCAACAGUGAAAAAAAUAAGCCAGCUACUUACCCUCCUAAUGACUCUGAAAUCAUGCCUGGUUGGGUAAUAGACAAGAUGCCAAUGAAAAGUGCAAAAAGAAAAAACAAUUUAGACAAAACUGUCGAAGGAAUGCCAACACCUUUGAAAAAAGUUUGUCAACAAUUAGGUACUGCUGAAGAAGUAACUUUAACGUUUGAUGAUUUAGCUGGUUGUGAUUCAGUGUUAUUGGAAAUAUGUCAGCUAAUAAUGCAUAUCAAGCACCCAGAAGUUUAUAAGACAUUAGGUGUAUCUCCUCCAAAAGGAUUUUUAUUGCAUGGCCCACCUGGUUGUGGUAAAACCCUCUUAGCACAGGCAGUAGCAGGAGAGUUAAAAAUUCCAUUAAUAAGCAUUGCUGCUCCACAACUAGUUGUCGGUAUAAGUGGAGAGUCAGAAAAACGAGUGAGAAAAUUGUUUGAAACUGCUGUUAAAUCAGCACCUUGUGUACUGUUCAUUGAUGAAGUAGACUCAAUUUCUCCACACAGAGAAACAACUUCACGGGAUAUGGAACGUAGAAUUGUUGCUCAAUUACUAUCAUCAUUAGAUAGUUUAAAAGAUGAUGACAAAGUAAUUGUGAUUGGUGCUACAAAUCGUCCUGACAGUUUAGAUCCAGCAUUGAGACGAGCUGGCCGGUUUGAUCGUGAAGUUUGCCUCGGUAUUCCUGAUAGACAAUCUCGUAGAGCAAUGUUAGAUCUGAUGUGCAAAAAUUUACGAAUUGAUCCAACUGUCAGUUUGGAUAAAUUAAGUGAAUUAACACCAGGUUAUGUUGGUGCUGAUUUGAAAUCCCUCACAAGAGAAGCAGCAACUAUAGCAGCUAAUAGAACUAUUGAAGCUAUAAAAAAGAAGUUGCAAGUAAUAUCUGAUGACGAUAAACCUGAUGAGACUGAACAAUUGUUAUCUUCAAACAAGAAUGAAGUCAAAAAUACAUUGAAAUUGCUUCGUUCAGAUAAUUUUAUUCCGACAAAUGAAAUGAGUGAAAUAAAAAUUGAAUUAAAUGAUUUUAUAGAAGCUCUGAAGAAAGUGGUUCCUUCAUCCAAAAGAGAAGGAUUUGUUACAGUGCCCAAUGUUACAUGGGAUGAUAUCGGUUCUCUAAAGAAAAUAAGAGAAGAACUGCACAUGGCUAUGUUGGCUCCUGUAACUCACGCUAAAGAAUUCACUGCAUUGGGUUUAGAUGUUCCUACUGGAGUUCUGUUAUGUGGACCUCCAGGUUGUGGUAAAACAUUGUUAGCCAAAGCUGUAGCAAAUGAAGCUGGUAUUAAUUUUAUAUCUAUUAAAGGCCCUGAAUUAUUGAAUAUGUAUGUUGGUGAAAGUGAACGAGGAGUACGUCAGUGUUUUCAAAGAGCACGCAAUUCACAGCCUUGUGUCAUAUUUUUUGAUGAAAUUGAUGCACUUUGUCCUAAAAGAAGUGACAUGGAUGCAAAUGGUCGUUCUGGUCAACGUGUUGUCAAUCAAUUAUUAACUGAAAUGGAUGGUUUUGAAGGUGGUAGAAGUGGUGGUGUUUUUGUUAUGGGUGCAACAAAUCGGCCAGAUAUGAUAGAUCCUGCUGUACUUAGACCAGGACGUUUGGAUAAAGUUUUAUAUGUUGGAUUGCCAGAUGAAGAAGGCCGCGUAGACAUAUUAAAAGCAGUGACUAAAAAUCGUAAAAAACCAGUGUUGGCUGAUGAUGUAGACUUGGAAGCGAUUGGCAAAAAUGAAAAAUGUUCUCAUUUCACUGGAGCUGAUUUAGCUGCACUUGUACGAGAAGCAGGUAUUUUAUGUCUGCAAGAAUAUAUAAGUUCAAAUGAUGUGAAUAAACAAUUGGCAAUCCAGAGUAAACACUUUGAAGAAGCAAUGAUGAAAAUAAGGCCUUCAGUAUCUGCUGAGGAUCAGGCACAUUAUGAAUUAUUGAAAUUAGAAUAUGCUGCACCAAGAAUUUGAAGUAUAAAAUAUUAUUUCAUAUAUAAAAUUAAAUUCAAUGAUACUUGUUAUGAUGAGUGUUUGUUCCUGUUAAUUUUUAUUGUUUUGUAAUUCAUAAUUAAAAUUUCAUUUACCAUUGAA